UAACAAGCUCCCAGAGAGCUUUGUUAGUAUCAACUUCGAGCCCGUAGCGACGAAAUGGCCACAAUCGAUCGGAAUUUUCUAGUGCUAGCGCUGGUGGUCAGUGCAUUAUCCGGAUUGGUACACAGAACAGACGCGGCGGAUAUCACUUUCGGGGCCUGUAAGCCUCAGCAAAGUGAUGAGCACGGGCAGUGCGUCCAUAUUACCAGUUGCCCCAGCCUGGCCAAUCUGCUGAUGAUGGAGCCGAAGACUCCAGCCCAGCGCAUGUUACUCUCCAAGAGCCAAUGUGGUUUGGACAAUCGGGUGGAGGGUCUGGUCAAUCGCAUCCUAGUCUGCUGCCCGCAGAGUCAGCGAUCCAGUAUUGAUGCCGCGGAAGUUAAGUCUACGCCAGAGGAAGAUCAUCAGCCGGGAAACGUCCUGCCAGGUAGUGAUGUCUGCGGAUUCCUUUUUGAUGACCGCAUUUUUGGUGGCACUAACACAAGCCUCUGGGAAUUUCCUUGGAUGGUAUUGUUGCAGUACAAAAAACUUUUUUCCGAAUCUUACAGUUUUAGUUGUGGCGGCUCUUUGAUCAACUCACGCUACGUCCUGACCGCUGGACAUUGUCUAGCCAGCCGGGCACUGGACAAUGCCGGUGCAGUCCUGCACAGCGUUCGCCUGGGGGAGUGGGACACCCGUACCGAUCCUGAUUGUGCCACCCAGAUUAACGGAAAUCGCAUCUGCGCCCCCAAACACAUCGACAUUGAAGUGGAGAAGGGCAUUAUCCAUGAGCAGUUUAGUCCGAACUCCGUUGACCAGAAGAACGAUAUUGCUCUGGUGCGACUUAAGAAGAGCGUUAGCUACACUGACUAUGUGCGUCCUAUUUGCCUGCCCAAUGCCGAUCUGAUAAGGAACAACUUCGUCGAUUAUGGAAUGGAUGUAGCCGGCUGGGGUCUCACCGAGAACAUGGAGCCUAGUCAAAUCAAGCUGAAGAUCACCGUCAACGUUUGGAAUCUGACCAGAUGCCAAGAAAAGUAUAACACCUACAAGGUGAAACUGGACGAUACCCAGAUGUGUGCUGGUGGUCAAUCGGGAGUGGAUACCUGCGGCGGCGAUUCCGGUGGUCCGCUUAUGGUUUCCAUUACAUCUGGAGGACGGGAUCUCUUCUACAUAGCCGGCGUCACCUCGUACGGGACUAAGCCAUGCGGCCUCAAGGGCUGGCCAGGCGUUUAUACCCGCACUGGAGCUUAUAUCGAUUGGAUACAACAGAAAUUGGAGGCAUAAUAAAUAAAAUGGCUAAUUUAUUCACA